CGGCCCACUUUCCUCUACAUCAAUUUUUUACCAAAAACAAAAAACGAAAGAAGACAAAAAGGCAAAUCAAGAUAUAAAAACUGCUUCCUUGUCACAGAAGGCAAACCCUCACCUGUGUCACCGCUCAAACCCUCGCCAUAAACCCUACCUCAAUCAACAUUCAACACUAGUGAGCGACACAGGCUCGGUAAUGGAUCUUCACGGGGUUGAUGAAGUUGUUGGCGCGGAUCCUGUUUCACAAACUCACGCUGAUCCCGAAUGCGUCAAAGAAUCCCCACAAGAAGACGAUCCUAAGGAUACUACUGCUGGAACCAAAGUCGUGAAGGAAAUCGACGUCUUCUUCAGAACUGUGGACACGAAAACUCAGCUGCACCUUUUGCAGUGUCCGCCUUAUGUACAACCUGACCAGUUUGAUGAACGAUGCCAAGAGGUGCUUUUGUUGAUUUCUUUACAUUUUUUUGGGGGAGUUGAAUCGUAUUGUUCCGCAUUUGAUUUUCGCAGGUCAGGUUGAAUCCUGAGACUUCAGAAGUGGAGUUUGAUUUAUCCACGGAUUUGGAGUCACAGUCACAUGAUAUU